AUAAUUAAAUUCGAACCUAUAGUUUUUUUUAAUAUAAUUUUGGGACCACAAUCCCAUUUUUAUAUUAUUUUUCUCUCUUCCUCUCACGUUGCUCGGCGUUUUUUUCGCAAGGGGGGAUUAUUUUCUUUUUCUUCAGAUUAUAUUGACAAAGAUAGUGGUGAAAAAGGAGUUGUGAAGGGGAACUUGUUAUUCAAGACACAAGCCGCCAAUGCUAACAACGACAAGGAUCUCAUUGAGUGUGCUCUUAAUCUAGAGUACUUGGGGGCUGAGUUCUUUCUGUUUGGAUCUAUGGGCUAUGGGUUGGACACUGUCAGCCCAAAUCUGGCCCAAGGAGGCCCAUCACCAGUUGGCGGGCAAAUGGCACGACUUGACCCUCUCACUAAAGAUAUUAUCUGCCAAUUUGGUUUGCAGGAAGUUGGGCAUCUGAGGGCCAUAAAAAGUACAGUAAAAGGGUUUCCAAGGCCAUUACUGAAUGUGAGCAGGGAAGUGUUUGGCACAAUAAUGGACAGAGCUUUUGGGAGACCUAUGGUCCCACCUUUUGAUCGAUAUGCUAAUUCCAUUAACUUUUUGUUGGCGUCUUAUUUGAUUCCUUACGUUGGUCUCACUGGCUACGUUCGAGCUAAUCCUAUGCUCCAAAGUACCGCCUCCAAGCAGCUAGUGGCAGGGCUAUUGGGAGUAGAAUCAGGGCAAGACGCAGUGAUUCGAGCAUUAUUAUAUGAGAAGAAAUCUGGACUUGUUGUUCCAUAUGGUAUGAGUGUAGCUGAAUUUACAGACAGAAUCUCCAAGCUUCGAGACAACCUAGGAAACGCAGGUUUGAAGGACGAGGGUCUUGUGGUGCCAAUAGAACAAGGUUCUGAGGGCAAAGUCACUGGCAACAUUCUCUCAGCUAACAACAAUUCUCUCUCUUAUGGAAGAACACCUCAGGAGAUCUUAAGGAUUAGCUAUGGAGGAGGCAAUGAGAGUGUCCCUGGUGGUUUCUAUCCUAAUGGAGCAGAUGGUCGCAUUGCUAAAUCUUAUUUACCACAAUAA